AUGCGUGGACACCUUACACAGAAGACUGAUGUGUUUGCCUUUGGCGUUGUGGCUCUAGAAAUUGCUUGGAACUUGCUCGAAAGCAAACGUGAAGUUGAACUAGUGGACUCCAGGUUAUCUGAAUUCAAUGAGGAAGAGGCAAGGCGAAUUAUUAAGAUUGGACUUUUGUGCACUCAAGCUUCACCAAUGCUGCGUCCACCUAUGUCUCGUGUGGUGGGAAUGCUUUUAGGAGAUAUUGAAGUGAUGACAGUAACUUCAAAGUCCGGUUACUUAACAGACUGGAAGUUUGAUGGUGAAAGUACUGAUGUUACUAGUCGAACAACUGAUCUAUCAACUAAAGGAACUGAGUCUAGCUUUUACAACUCUUCGGCAAACACAAGCAUCAUUGGCGAAUUAUCUACAAGUGCCAUCCUUGCUUCAUGA